ACAAGUAAUAUGGAUUUGAUCGAACGAUGUCUUUUUUUCUUCGCUUGCCUAGCAGGUCUCAUCGCCAGCUCUAUCACCCAAGAUAUCCUGGGAUGCGGCGGCUUCCUGAAAAGUCAUGCCGACAUCGACUUCACGAAGGUACAAGUGAAGCUGUACACGAAGACUGGUAGUUUGAAGGAUCAGACCGAAUGCGCGCCUAACACUGGUUACUAUUUUCUACCUCUGUAUGAUAAAGGCGAAUACAUUUUAAAGAUAGAUCCUCCCAGAGGCUGGAGUUUCGAGCCCACAGAGGUAACAUUAAACGUAGAUGGUGACAUGGAUGACUGUAGUCAGGGAAAAGAUAUUAACUUUACGUUUAAAGGAUUUGGUAUUACAGGACGUGUGAUUAGUUUAGGUACUGACUCUGGUCCUAAAGGAGUUACUGUCUCCUUAUACACAGACAACAAUAAACAAGAUCCCAUUAAAUCAAUGUUAACAGCAGAAGGUGGCAUAUUUUACUUUACUCCUAUUCAGCCUGGAAAGUACAUUCUUGUUGCACAUCACUUCAAGUGGUUGAUAAAAGAAAAUAAAAUUGAAGUAACAGUACAAGAAGGAAACACAGAACUCGCAGACGGCAGCUUGGUAGUAUUAGGAUAUGAUGUUAGUGGCAAAGUUACUAGCGAAAAUGAACCAGUAGCUGGUGUAUCCUUCAUUCUUUUUGGCAAUGGUAUCGCCGAAAAGUGUGAGACUACUCCUGUGAAUAAGAAUUUUGAAUCCAAGAAACCACUUUGUCACGUGACUUCAGACAAUACUGGUAGAUUUAUAUUCCCUAGUUUAUCGCCUGGCAAUUAUAAACUUAUACCUCAUUAUGCCGGCAUUCAGACAAAAUUCGACGUUCAGCCACCGGAAUUGUCUUUUAAAGUGAGUCACAACAGCGCAGUUCUUACUCCAGAUUUUAAAGUAACCGGCUUUACGGUCGGUGGUUUAGUACAUAGCUCCACGAACGGAAAUCCGUUGCAAGGAGCAAAGAUAAUCUUGUCAAAUAAAGAAGUUGCCAUCACAGAUAAGAAUGGAAAAUACGUAUUAGAUAAUAUGAAAGCCGGCCAAUAUACACUUAAAGCAGAAUCUGCAAAUGUACAAUUUAGCGAGAGGACAGUUAAAAUAUCUCCCACUUCGCCUGAACUUCCAAUACUGGUACCUUCGGCGUACAAAGUUUCGGGAAAAGUAACCUUAUCAGCGAAGGGAACGCUGCAUUUUCGCCGAAUAUCCAUUCAAAAUACAGCUGCUACGUUCUAUGAGGAGUUCGACACCAAUGAGAAAACGGGAGAGUACUCUGUAUACCUUGCACCGGAUAAAUAUCAACUGAGUGUAAUUGUGAGCACAGAAGAAAAAACUAAGGGUUUACAAUUCUAUCCACUGCAACAAACGAUUGACGUGACGUCUCAACCAAUUACUAAUGUCAAUUUCUUACAAUUAAAAGCCACGUUAACAGGAACAGUGCAUUGUUUACCAGGGACAGAUUGCAGUCAGGCUUCAGUUACUUUGAAAAUACUCGAUGGAGUCACGAUAAAAACAGUACAAGCUAAAGAUGGUCAGUAUCAGUUUACGGACGUUCUACCUGGUCAUUAUGAGAUUUUCAUCGACAACGACGUGUUUUGCUGGGAAAAUCCCAGUUAUAGAAUCUCGAUAACGUCGGAACGCGCCGAAGUACCACCGUUCAAACAAACCGGCUUCUCUAUCACUUUUAUAUCAUCUCACGAUACAAUCGUGGAAUAUUUCGAGCCUAAUAACACAAAACUAAUAACUCUACCUUUGAAUAAAGGUAGCAUGAGGCAUUGUGUGCCUAAAUUUGGAGCAUACACUUUUACUCCAAAAGGUUGCCAUAUAUACGAAAAUUCUUCCUACACUUGGGACACGAGUAAUCUUUCUCCAAUCUUGCUGCAUUCCACCGAACACACUCAUAAAGGCAAUAUUAUAAGUUCAAGCGUGCAAAACGAUCUUAAAGUAAAAAUUGAAGACGCAAACAACAGUGUUACGAUUGGUCCACUAAAAUAUGUAAAAAAAGAUGGCGUAUACAAGUAUGAAUUUGACUUUAAGGCGAAAACGGAUAACAUGUAUACUAUCAUUCCGUUAUCAGACAUUCUACUUUUCAAUCCAACGUCUCUGAAAGUUUUCGGCGUGAAUGACUGUCAUAAUGACAUUGCAAGUUUUGCCGGCGAUUUGGGAAAGAUUAUAGCCGGCCAAAUUUCUCCACCAUUGGAAGGUGUAACUAUACGAAUAAUUAGGAAAAAUGAUGAGUCCCCAAUUCAUACUAUAAUUACACAAAAAGACGGUAUUUACAACGUUGGACCUUUGGAUGGAAAAAUUGAAUAUAGAGUGACAGCUGAAAAGGAAGGCUUUGUAAUCACAGGGCCUGAUGCUAAAGGAAUGUUCUUGGCGCACAAAUUAGCCGAGAUUAUUGUGCAAGUUUCUGAUCACGCUGACAGUUCUUCAUUGCAGGGUGUGCUCCUUUCUUUGUCUGGCGGUCAAAGUUACCGCAAGAACAGCAUAACUAGUGAAGACGGAAAAUUUACAUUUAAUUCCUUGUCACCUGGUGAAUAUUAUUUACGACCUAUGAUGAAGGAAUACCGCUUUGAUCCGCCAUCAAAGAUGAUUAAUGUUGUGGAAGGAGCGACCGUCAAUGUGAAUUUAUUCGGUAAUAGAGUUGCCUAUAGCGCUUACGGUUCCAUUACAUCUUUGAAUGGGGAACCGGAAGUCGGCUUACUGGUCGAAGUUCAAGGUCAAGGAAACUGUUCCAGUCUCCAAGAAGAGGCCACGACUGAAGAGAAUGGUAACUUCAGGAUUCGCGGUCUCCAGCCUAAGUGCAUCUACGCGUUCCGUCUGAAGCCGAACGCAGAGAGCAACGCUCAUAUAGAGCGCACGAGCCCUAGUUCUCAGUUGGUACAGCCAAUGCAGGACAUCCACGGUUUGCGACUGAUCGCCUUUCAUCCGAUCUCGCGCACGGACGUCUCAGUACAUGUCACAUCUACCCAACCGGAAUACUAUCGUACGAUCAAGGUGAAAUUAUGCCGGGAAAACGUUCCCGAUUCUCCGGUGCAUAUUUCCAAGUUGGACGUGCAGCAAUCCACGAGCAAGAACACCAACGCUUACAACGCCGGUUUUUUGGUGCAUUUCCCACCAUUACAAGCCGAUGGCAGGAAAUACUUCGUUCAAUUGGAGUCAUCGCUAUCGCAGACAGUGCACAAGUACCGCACUAUUCCGGUCUACUUUGAGGCAAACUCGUCAUUUAAAUACGUCAAGUUAACGUUCAACGCGGAGCGGAAAGUCGAUCAGGGCGAGAUGAAUCAGACAUCUGUUAUAGCGCUGCCAUUCAUUAUGUUGGUGGCCUUGGCGUUUUUCAAUCGCGAAAAACUGUGGGUCUGGUUAAACGCGCUACUAGAGAGACGUUCCAAACCAGUGCCGAGUUCCAGAACGCCUGUCCAAGCCAUUCCCAUCGAUUCCAGAGCGGAUGAUAUUAUAGUCGAGCAAAUAAUGAAUAUUAACAAGAGGAAGGCGAAACCACGGAAAGUAUAGAUUCAGCAUCGUAUUGUUAUCACCAUUUUCAUUUAUACAGCGAGAUUCAUUUGUAAUGAUCUGGAGAGAUUGAUCGAAGAUGUAAAGAUCUUACAUCUCGUUUGUUAUUUUAUACGUCUGAUUGUAAUUUGUUUACAAUAUCUGUCGUGACAGUCGUAUGUGUCAAAAACUAAACAAAGACUCGA